AUGUUCGGUGACCAACCAAGGAAUAGUUUCUUGGUGACGGAAGUUUUGAAAAUAGGCCUGACUGUGAGGGAGUGGGAGAAACGCGAGGAGAUAGUAAGUACAUCCACUAAUGAAAAUGUCGUGAGAAAGCUGAGAAGAAGCUUGUUAGGACUCUUUGCUACUGUAAACCUCUAUUUAAGAGAGUUGAGAGUCAGAACUUUCUCAAACAAGUUCCCAGAACUAGGGGCCAUAACAAAAAUCCACUUCCAUGACAUCCCAACACCUGAUUUUGACUCACCUUCACCUGAUCCUAAUGCAUUGAGCAAAUUUCCAGCUCAACUCAUACCAUCUUACAACGCCUGCACACUUCUUCGCGAGCCUAUCGCGUUGUUACUUGGUGAACUCUCGACUAUAUCAAGAUGAGUUGUCGUUGUUCAUGAUGUUUUAAUGUCCUAUAAUGUUCAGGAUGUUUGUUCCUUGCAUAAUGUUGAGUCUUAUAUAUUUAACUGUGCUAAAAGGUUUCGUAUUUGGUUAAUCCAGUUUGAAGGGGAGCCUUGGAGUAACUGGUAAAGUUGUUGCCAUAUGACCCGAAAGUCACGGGUUCAAGAUUUAGAAACAGCCUCUGGCAGUAAUGCAAGGUGCUUCUCUUGAUUUGAUGGCAAAAUUGCAAGUACACAAAACAAGAAGCAAUGGGCAAUCGGACCGAUUUUGCCUAUUAAACAAGAUCAUGUAUCAGAUAAGAGAAACAAGUGUUUAGAUUGGCUUGAUAACCAACCUUCAAGAUCAGUUCUUUAUGUAUCUUUUGGAUCAUCAACUACAUUUACUGAUAAAGAAGUCACGGAGCUCGCGAUGGUAUUAGAGAGAAGCAAACAGAAGUUUCUAUGGGUGUUGAGAGAUGCCGAUAGAGGAGAUAUCUUUACCGGGGAAGCUAGAAGAUUUGAGUUGCUAGAAGGGUACGAAGAAAGAGCGAAAGGGGUCGGGUUAGUCGUCAGAGAUUGGGCGCCACAACUUGAAAUCUUGGCUCAUUCGUCCACAGGCAGGUUCAUGAGUCACUGUGGAUGGAAUUCUUGCAUAGAGAGCAUUACGAUGGGAGUUCCAAUAGCUACUUGGCCUAUGCACUCUGAACAACCACUUAACGGUUUCUUUGCGACGGAAAUCUUGAAAACAGGCUUGCUCGUUAGGGAGUGGGAGAAACGCGAGGAGCUAGUCAGUGCAUCCGUCAUUGAGAAUCCCGUGAGGAAGCUGAUGGUAUCAGAAGAAGGCGAUGAGAUUAGGAAAAGAGCAGAAGAACUGGGAGAAGCAGUGAGGCAGUCCACGGAGAAAGGGGGUGCUUCUCGAUUGGAGUUAGAUUCUUUUAUCGCGCAUAUAACUAGAUAAACUUGUAUCAAAACUGUUUCGUAAUACAUAUUUCGAGGGA